AUGCCCAUAUGUGUGGUGCUAGCAUUAAAAGGGGAGCCAUUAGACUGGAGAACAUUAAGACGAGACGGGCCAACGGUAAUACUUCCCACCAGGUUGACAGAGUAUACCACUCCUCGAGUAGAAGCAUUUAAUUUGUUGGGCGAUAGCAAAGAUAAAAGCCCAAAAAACUACAACAAUAAGAAAAACCCAAAACAGAGUAGUGACUAUGUGUAUGCAAUGAGGCCAGUUACACAUAUUAUGUCACAGGUGCACGUCAAUUUGCUUACCGACAAUAUAUCACUAUCGAAAGCAGAUGUUCCUCCAGAGAUGGCAAGACUUAUCCAGAUUAAUCGCAAUCACAAAAUAAUGCCAAUCUUAAAGACUGAUUUUUUUAAUACACGUUUAAAAAAUUUGGUAGAAGUUACCAAGAAUACCACCGAGUUCAAAAUAACAUUUCAUUAUACGCCUAUUGGCAUCGGAAAAUUGCGUUUAAUGCUAAUGGUCGAACAUACUAUGCAAAUGAUGGAGACGAUAGGAUUCUCCAAGAAGGAUAUAGAUGAAUUAAAGGGUAUGUUUUCUGACACGAAUGCUUACCUUCUCUGCGGUACUAUAUUUGUUGCCAGUGUACAUCUACUCUUUGACUUCCUAUCGUUUAAGAACGACGUUAUAUUCUGGCGGAGAAAAAAAUCGUAUGAAGGUCUUUCAACGCGUACGACUCUUUGGCGUGCGUUCUCUCAAAUUGUGAUAUUUCUGUAUUUACUGGACGAGAAUACAUCGAUGUUAGUGCUGAUCCCUGCAGGACUUGGUGUGGUUAUAGAGUUAUGGAAGUGCAAAAAAAUAUUGAAACUACAAAUAGGCCUCACAGGCUUGCAAAGAAUGCAGUCAAAAGAUCUAGAAACAAGCAGAAGUGCGGAAAAGAGAACCGAAGAAUUUGACAAAGAAGGAAUGAAAUAUUUAAGUUAUUUAUUAUAUCCUUUGUGUAUCGCGGGUGCUGUUUAUUCUCUCUUGUACCAACCACAUAAAAGUUGGUAUUCUUGGACUCUGAAUUCUCUUGUUAAUGGAGUCUAUGCUUUUGGCUUUCUUUUUAUGCUACCCCAAUUAUUUGUUAACUAUAAGCUAAAGUCAGUUGCAGCCCUGCCAUGGAGAGCUUUUAUGUAUAAGGCAUUCAAUACAUUUAUAGAUGAUUUUUUUGCUUUCAUUAUUACUAUGCCCACGGCUCAUAGAGUGGCCUGCUUGCGUGAUGAUGUUGUAUUUUUGAUUUAUUUAUAUCAGCGUUGGCUUUAUCCAGUGGACAAUAGUAGAUUAGAUACCGGACUUGCAGUUGAAGAAAAUACCCACACUGAUGAAGCUAUUCAUUCUUCACAAAUUGCAAAUGACAGAAAAAAUAAAUAAUAAAUUCAUGGAAUAUGUACAUGGCGCAAUAAUUCCACCAUGGAAUAUCCCAGCAAACACAGUCUCUAACGUUAGAGAAAUUUGGAUUUCUUCAUUAAAUAACUAGGGUACUUAUCUAAUCAUUCUCAAGUCGAUGACGAAGUUAGAGUACUACAUUCGAAUUCGAUUCGAGAACGAUUAGAGAAACAACGCAAAUUCAACUAAUUGUAAAUAAGCAAUAUUCCAAAUGAAUGAG